GUCAUUAUUGGUCAGUGGGAGAAUUUGGUCGCAUGACUUAUGUCGAAAGUAUCACGUCAAAGUCAAAGGAUAGUUAUCAGCUGGUGUUAAAAGGUAUAUGUAAGAGCUACCUGGAUUAAUCGUCAACCUGCUGAACAAUUUCGAAUAGCAGAGCUUAAAAUAAACAGCAAAAAAAUUCCAUAAUGACUGCUCAGGAGAUAAUCCUGGACGAGAGCGGAUCUGCAGCAGCCAUCCGAAGGCUCAAGCAGAAUCCAUUUCUACUCGUGGGAAUCGGUGGUUUCCUGGGGACUGCGGCAUUCGGAGUCUACAAGUUUCGGACUCGUCCCAAGAAUAUGGGAGCAGCUUUCUUCCUGGUGCAACUUCGAGUAGCUGCACAAGGAGCAGUUGUCGGGAGUCUCACUGUGGGAAUGGUCUAUGGAAUGCUGUCUAAAUAUGUUUUCAAAUCUGACGAGAAGCCAAAUUGAUGAGUGUGAUUGAGAUAGAUUAUUUUUCCCUAGUUAGUUGAAUUAUUUAAGGCUCAUGUUGAAACUCAAAGAUAAUUAAGAGGAGAAGUGGAUGAAUGCAGUGAGCCAGAGGAGAAAUUCUGGACUUGAUAGAAUAUCUUUUUUGUAAACGAGAAAAAUCGCAGAAAUUGUUUUUUUUACGUUUUUUUUUUUGACUUUUAUUACCUAUAUUGCAAUGAAGUUUCUCGUUUGAAAAUUUUUUAUGUAAAAAAAUCUCGUAAUUUUCCUCGUACGGUCACUACUUUCCUGAACGAAGCCCGAAAGGAAGUUUAAAUCUAUUUAUUAUCGUAACCACUUCUCUCUUAAGUGGAUCCUCAUUGUAUCACUAGACCACAACCAUUUUAUUUCCACGAACUGUCCUAACACUCAAUAAACCAUAACAUUUUUCGUAUUUUAACCAGAGCUGGUCUCCAAAAAUCAACUGAUUAGUGCCGAAAGGGAAAAGUAUUGUAGUAAUAAUUUAUUUUUGUGGACACGAAAGAUCAAAGACAAAUAAAUUCUGAAGAUUGAUAAA